CCAUAUGAGAUUAAUGGCUUCAUGUAGCCAAAGUCAUUUAAUACAAGUCGUGCAAGGAAGAGAUGCAAUGACCUUUUCAAUUUGGCAACUUUUCUUAAAUUUUUGUACAUAAAUAAAAGUCAAAGUCUAAGCUCUCAUUGUUCAACUGUGUCUGUGGUGGACGACACAGAAAUAACGUCGAACGUUGUUGGAUUGGAACAGAAUACGCCGACGAGUGGGCGGCUUGUGUGGAGUCUAUCUAUACAGCCAAUUUUCCCUAUAUAAAAUUCAGAGGAAAGAGGUAAUAGGCUGCUAUAUAUAUAUAUAUAGAGAGAGAGAGAGAGAGAGAGAGUUGUUCAGUUUGAUCAGAUGGCAAAGAGGGCUCUUCUGGUAGGUUGCAAUUACCCGGGAAUGGAGAUAGAACUCGGGGGAUGCGUCAAUGACGUCAAGAGGAUGCACAAAUCACUCAUCGACCGUUACGGCUUCUCCGAACAAGAUAUCACCGUCUUGAUCGAUACCGAUAAUUCGUACACCCAGCCCACCGGCAAAAACAUCCGAGCUGCUCUUUCCGAUCUCGUACGAUCGGCUGAGCCCGGUGGCUUCCUUUUCUUCCACUACAGCGGUCAUGGUAACCGUCUACCUCCCGAGACCGGCGAGGAAGAUGACACCGGCUACGACGAGUGCAUUGUUCCUUGCGACAUAAACCUCAUUACCGACGAUGAGAUCAGGGAUUUCGUCGAACUAGUCCCGGAAGGCUGUCGCAUAACAAUUGUAUCAGAUUCAUGCCACAGCGGUGGCCUAAUCGACGAGGCUAAGGAGCAAAUUGGGGAGAGCAGCAAGCGGCACCGAGAGCUAGUAUCAGAUGCGGAUUCCAGCUUUGGCGUCAGAGAUGCAUUCGAGACAAGGGGAAUAGAACUCCCUUUUGUAAGGCGCCACAACCACCACCACCACCACCACCACGACCGACGUCAUGAUGAAGAGGAAACCCAAGAGGGGGAGCCCCAGUACAACGAGCAGGGUCAUCGCAUUAAGAGCAAAUACCUGCCGCCGUCCACCCUGAUAAAAAUACUAAAGCAGAAGACAGGGAAGAACGAAAUUGAUAUAGGGAAGCUGCGGCCAACACUGUUUGACCUCUUCGGGGAGGAUGCGAGUCCAAAGGUGAAGAAAUUCAUGAAGUUUAUCAUGAACAAACUCCACCAUAAAGGCACGAGCGGUGGUGGAUUCAUGGGCACGGUGGGAAAUCGGGCUCUGGAGUUUGUGAAGCAGAAACUGGAGGAAAACGACGAGGGUUAUGCAAAAGCAGCCAUGAAAACGGAAGUUUCAAGCAAGCAAGAGGUUUAUGCUGGACGAAGCAAGGGUUCACUUCCUGAGCAUGGUAUCUUGAUCAGUGGGUGCCAGACGGAUCAGACAGCUGCGGAUGCAACCCCAACAGAGAAUGAGGAAGCGGCAUAUGGUGCAAUGAGUAAUGCGGUUCAAUUGAUUAUUGCUGAAACAGAUGGCAAUGUUACCAAUAAGGAGCUUGUGAUGAAGGCUAGGAAGAUGCUGGAGAGUGAAGGAUUCACUCAGCGUCCUGGACUCUAUUGCUGUGACAGUUAUGUGGAUGUACGUUUCAUUUGUUAAUUUUCUUGUCGUUGAGCUAUAAAUUUGACAAGACAGCAUUCCUUCUUUUGUAUUCAUAAUAGAACAGAGGAGGCUUUACUGUUGGCUCACAGAUCGGUUGAGGCCGUAUCGUAUGAUCGUGUCCUGUUCAUGUAUUGAGUCUUUCUCUUGACUAUAUUGAUGACAUGAUAUAAGCCAAAAUGGAAAUAAAAAAUCAUUUA